AUGCUCAAGGGGAUUUUUACGCGUAGAAAAAUUCAGUACACCUCAGUAAUCCGCUGCAAUGUGUUCGGACCGCAUGACAAUUAUAACCUUCAAUCGGCCCAUGUUCUUCCUGCUUUGAUUCAUAAGACUUAUGUAGCGAAGAAGGAAGGAAAACCGCUCGAAGUCUUUGGAACGGGUAAACCCCUUCGUCAGUUUAUCUAUUCGCUUGACCUUGCUCGACUGUUUAUCUGGGUUCUAAGGAGUUAUGAAGAGGUUGAUCCGAUCAUUUUAUCGGUCUCCGAAGAAGAUGAGGUUACUAUUGCCGAUGCGGUAAAAGCUAUAGUGAAAGCGUUUGAUUUCAAGGGUGAAGUCAAAUUCGACACGACUAAAGCCGAUGGUCAGUUGAAGAAGACAGCUUCAAAUGCGAAACUUAGAAAGUAUCUGCCUGACUUCCGCUUUACUCCAUUUGAAGAGGCUGUGAAAGCCUCUGUGGAUUGGUUUGUUGAGAACCAUGAAUCAGCUAGGCUUUGA